GUGCUUAGUCGAUGCGCUUCAUGCUCCACCCAUCUCUCUGGAGGUCGCGUGGGCAGAGGUGACAGCAGGGCGCUGCGCCCAGGAAAUUGAGGCUGCUGCAUGGGCCAUCUCAUCCAGCCUCGAGACGGCCGCGCGCAGCUACCGCCAGAAGGUGCGCUUCCUCGCUACCACGUUAAAGCGGCCGGACAACAUGCAGUUGCUGCACAAUCUCCUCAGUGGAGAGGUUGCCUGCAGCGAGCUUGUCCAAUGGCCCGAAGAGGAGUUUCUGGGAGAGGCCCAGAAGCGGCAACGGCAGAAGGACCGCGCUGACGCGUUGGCUGACAUUGUCCUGAAGGAGCACGCAUUGGAUUUCUUCGACUCCAGGCUUUCAUGUCCAAGGUGUCGGGCGUCUGGUGCACGUUACGCAGUCCUGAGGCUCCUACAGUUCGAGGGACUCCUGGGCACUGCCUCGUGCUGGAGGCAACAUGGGGCACAUGCGGAAGGACACAGGCAAGUGCAUCCUCGCCGAAUGCCCUGCCUGCAAUGA